AUGCCUCCAGAUAUGAAUUUUAUCCCCAUUACCAACUCUCCAUAUGAGCCCCUUCUUCAGGAGAUCAAGGCCAUGAGUGAUAGGCUGAUAGCUCAGAUUGGAAUUUUUUUUGUUUGGUUUGGUGACAAGGCAGAUUGGAGUGAUCGUUUUUUGAGAAAUUUGUUUGACGCCUGCAAAGAGGAAAUAGAUGCUGGCAAUAGGCCAAUGGGAAUUUUCACUGGUUGGAAGAACGUUGUUUCCAAGUUUGGAGAUAAAUCCGGUGAUAAACGAACAAAAAAACAAUUGAAGAACAAGUUAAAUAUCUUGAAGAAGGAAUAUACAAUGUUUAUGGAGUUCAAGAAUUUUGCCACUGGGCUUGGAUGGGAUGCAGAGAACAAAACUGUUGAUUGCCCGAAGGAAUGGUGGGAUGAACACCUUGUUAGAUGCAACAAUCCUGAGAAAGGAAUCAAAUGCAGUCAUGUGAAGUUUCGAAAGCAUGGACCAAAGUUUCUUGAAGAUAUGCAUGUCAUUUUUGGUAAGGCACAUGUUGAUGGGUCUACUGCAACCUGUCCUGGAGAUAUAUCCUCCGAUGAUACAAGUGAUGAGGAUGUGGCUGAGGUACCAAAACCUACAAAAGAGAAGGAAAAGACAGUCAACCAAGGCAAAAGAAAACACAAGGGGACCUCCACUGCUGCUGAAGAGAAGGAAGAGAAGAGUCCAUUCUUUCGUAUGUACAAGAACACUUGUUUGAAGAUAGAAAACGCAGCAGAGAGGAUCUCGACAAGUGUUGAAGUAUCAUCUGCUCCUACCAUCAACCAAAUUCCUUCCAUUGCAGAGGCUGUGAAGAUGGUGAAAUAAUGUGGUGUGGAGGAAGGAACUGCUCUAAUGUAUACGGCUUGGUCCGCACUUGCCAAUCCUGAAUUUCGAGAAUUCUUUACCUCUCUGGAAACAAAUAAUGGAAGGCUCGAUUUGAUUCAGAGGGAGCAUGAGAAGGAGAAGAACAAGAAGGAAGGCUCUGUUUGAUUUGGACUUUAUCAUGUUUGUUAGACUUUUUUCUUAUGCUCAACCAUAAUUUUUGUGAUAUGUGUUGAACCAAACUGUAGUCUGUACCGAACAACAGUUUGUACCUGUCAUGACUUUCUAUCUAUUUAUCUAUUUUGUGUGAUC